AUGUCGAAAGUACAUCCAGCUCAUGAGAAUAAAUAUCAAAAUUAUCGUGUUCACGAUCAUCAUGAACGGCCGUCGGUGCUGACGGUGUGGAAGAGAUCAAGUAUGAGUUUUCAGGGUACGGAUGGUUUCACUGUGUUUGACCAGCGUGGAAGAUUAGCCUUCAGAGUUGACAACUAUUCCAGGAAAAACUCUUGCCUUUUAGGAGGGCUUCUUCUCAUGGAUGGAGCUGGCAAAGCAUUGCUUACUCUCAAACCUCAGGUUUUUAGCAUCCAACACCAAUGGAAUGCAUACAAAGGAGAGGAAGGAAACCUAAUUAACAGUCCCAAGCCAAACAAAAUCUUCUCAAUGAUUAAAAGCAAGUCUUUCUUCUCCCACAACUCGGACAAAAAUAUUGCAGAAGCCCAAGUAUUCUUGGAAAGAAGAUCAGGUCAAAAUAAGGUUAUAAUUGAUCAAACGCCUGAUUUCAGGAUUGAGGGCUGUUUUUGGAGGAGAAACUGCAAGAUCAAGAACAGAAAUGGAGAGGUAGUGGCGAACAUAGCAAGGAAGAAAGUAAACGACAGAGUCUUGCUUGGCGACGACGUCUUCAGCCUUGUCGUUCAGCCGGGAUUCGACGCUCAGCUGAUCAUGGCGUUUGUAAUUGUGUUGGAUCGCAUUUGUGUUAAGCCCUAUGUCCCAGUUUUGUGUUCUUAA